AUGGCGGCGGCGGCCCCCGGCAGCCGGGCCGCGGUGCCGGCGCGGCGGGGGGGGGCGCGGCGGCGGCGGCGGGGGCGGGCCGGGGCGGCGGCGGCGGAGGAGGAGGACGAGGAGGGCGAGGUGGCGCUGGCGGCGGCGGAGUGCCCGGUGUGCCGCCAGGCGCUGGUGGAGGCGGUGACGCCGCCCUGCCGCCACUCGCUCUGCCUCGCUUGCUUCCAGCGGUGCCUGCAGGGCCCGGGCCUCUGCUGCCCGCUCUGCCGCAGCCGCCUCUCCACCUGGGCCCGCCGCCAGCAGGCCCGCGCCGAGCCCGCCGCGACGACGGCCGCCGGAGGAGGCGGGGAGCAGCGGCCGCCGGACCAAGACUUUAUAUUCAGAGCACCCAUUAAAUUAAGCAAACCUGGGGAACUCCGAGAAGAAUAUGAAAGCCAACUAAGGAAGAUGAGAGAAGAAAAACUACAAGAAGAAAAAGCUUCUGAUGAUCUGAUUCACAAGCUAAUUCUAGAUGAUAUGGAAGGAGGAAAAAGAAAAAUGGAAGAACAGCAGAAAAAAGAUGAAUCUCUGGUGCUGAAAGUGAACCAAGAGUGUUUUCCUGAACGUCUCUCGGAUUCAGAGAAUGAAGAACCAUUCCAGGGCAAACAAACGCAUCGGUCAGCUUUUGUUUCCAAGACCAGUGCCUACUCCUUUGCUUUCCUUUCAGGGAACCUAACCUCUAAGGUGGAAAGGAGUCGGAGUUGCAAUGACACCAUUCAAGAGAGAUCGAAGAGCAGGCAGAGAUCAGCCCCAGCCAACAAAACAAAGGUUCCACCCGUGACCAGCGCGUCGACUCCUCUGGUUGGAGUUCUGUCAUCUACCCAAAACAAUCGUUGCCUCUCCGCCCCAGAUCUGACAGCAGAGAAGCGCCUCGUUCUCAACCCGGUUUCAUCCUUCUCGGCCCUGCACAAGCCAGAGCGAUCCAUCAGCCCCGAGAGCAAUGACAGCAUCUCAGAAGAGCUCAAUCACUUUAAGCCGAUUGUCUGCUCCCCAUGUACUCCUCCAAAGAGGCUUCCUGAUGGCAGAGUCCUGAGCCCUCUCAUUAUAAAGUCCACUCCGAGAAACCUCAACCGAAGCCUGCAGAAGCCAACCACCUAUGAAGCCAGUCCUAGAAUACUGAAAAAAUGGGAGCAAAUAUUUCAGGAGCGCCAGAUCAAAAAGACUCUCUCUAAAGCAACUCUUACGUCCUUGGCUUCAGAGCCUGGGGAAGAUGUUAUAGUUCCUGACAUCACCAACUCCAGUAGUUGCAAUAAAGAGCAACCACAAAUACAGGACGAUCACAUUCCACCUGACACAACAGGAGACCCUCGCCCAGAGCCAGAUUACCUUCCUUCUAUCAGUGAAGUGAAGCCAGGAAGAGGGGGUGAGAAGAACAGAGAUGCGCAGGCCUUAACAACAGACGAUAGCUCUGCUGAACCAGAUGCAAGGUCAAAUGGAACCUCCUUAAACACACGCGUGUCAGAAGUUCCUGACAUAAAAGUGAACGCAUACAUGGACAAAUCCUGUCUUAGCAUCGGCCCAAAAAUGCUGAGCAGAAGAAUAAUUGGAGUCAAUGCGUCACUGCCUGACAACAGCACGCUCGGAGUUCCUGUCAAGACAUCAGGGAAAAAGCAGCUGAAAUACCUGAACAACAGCGAAUUGAUCAACGUGCAGAACAGUACCUGCAAUUCCGUUGAAAACAUCAUCGGCGAACAGCCCCCUUCGCUGAGACGGGGCCGAAAGAGACGCUGCAAAACAAAGCACUUGGAGCACAACGGUUCUGUUAAAAGACUGAGGCACACGGCGGGGGACAUGGGCUUGCCUCCGGAUGAUCGCCUGGUGAGGGAGAUGGAACAGAAGCUCCAGCAGGAGGAGGAAGACCGGAGACUGGCCUUACAUCUGCAGCGAAUUUUUGACAGUGAGAAUAGGACAGUGGAUAGGCGGAAAGUUAGAGUAGAUCGGUAUCUCCUGCGGUCAAAGAGCACUCUGGGUGCUAAGUAGCACUGAUGGACGAUGUUGCCUUUCUAGAGGACAAUGAGAUUUAUCAGAUUAUCUUAUAGGAAAACUAUUUUUUGUCAUAUUUCCACCCACACAAUUGUUUUUCUUUUUGGUGGUAAGACAUUUGUAGGUCCAGUUCAGAGAGAAGCCAGAGUCCUUUCAGAAUUUUUUAAAAAAAAAAGAAAAGAGAAAAAAAAAUCCUCCGACCGCUCUGGUCCAUCGGUCUGAAAGAAGCGUCAGUCCUCCCCGUGAAUACACUGCAAUGCAUGUAAAUGCAGUUGGUGGUGUUGGGGUUUCCCUAGCUGAGGCUGUUGUAUUAGCAGUACAUGAGGUGCUAGGUUCACUGUCUUGCCUUCUGUGAUAUUCCAAGAGAAAUCAGACCUCUGCUCACAGAGAGGAAACCAGGCUGUUUCUGUCCGAGAAACAGUGUUUUCCUCUCUGUCUCAUGUAUCUUCCUUAUACUGCAGCAAACUGUGGUGGUUGGACUGUUACUUAACAUCAGCGUGUUUGAAUGAGAUGACUUGGCGUCAACUUAGAACAACAGGACUGUUUGUGAAGGAGGCUGUGAUUCAUAUUUCUGCUGGGGGGUACCAAAUACAUCCUCCUAUAGUACACGUACCUGAAGGUCUCUCACUGUCUGUACCAGCAGUACAGAUUGUAGUUUGUGUCUUUAUGCAGACAGCCAAAAGCAGUGAAGGAAGCUGUAAAAUAAGGAUUUUACUGAAAAGAAUUAGGAGAACUUGUUCAUUUAUGUUAAUGAUACAGUGAAAAGUUUGGGUAAAGCAGCUGGAAGCCAUUCUCCUGGGCUCUGUGACACCUUUCUGCAUAACUUCUCCCAGUCCCUGUCUCUUACCGAGGCAAGCGUGGCUUUCAUGUUCUUCCACUAACGCUUGAAAUCUAGAAAGGGAGAUGCUGGCCUGGUGAUGUUAGGAAGGAGGUCGUCCGUGCUGACGUGUAUCCUAGUUGAGAUGAUAGCUGAGAGCUCUCGACACACGUAAGGCGUGUUCAGCGGUGGCACUCGGAGGCAUCCCGAGUUAUCUGAUGCAUCAUCAUCCUUUCCCAGGCACUUCAGGAGCUUGCGGUGGAGUUGGGACAAGAGCCCGGCCCUCCCGGUCUGCGGGCACACGUACGCGAGACGCAAGCCUGCCCGGUGCGUGCUCCGAGUUAGCCAUCUUCAGGCAGGAAUUCGUAGUGCUAAGAAAGCUCGGGUGAGAAUGUGUGAAGUGGGAGCGUGCCAGCUGGCCGGGUCGGAGCUCGCUAGGGUCCCAGCAGCGCGGAGCCUGGGCAGGGGGAGCCGGAUCUGCCGGGGCCGAGGUUCCUGAGGUUGGCGGGAGCACGCGCCGUCCACCAGACGCGGCCGGCUGCGCCGCCGGCAGUCCGAAUCCCUCCGGGUUCUUCGUGCCUUGAUCGUGACACGCAUCUUACCUAAAUAACAGUAAUGUUCCGGCUAGUUUGAUGGUUUGAACUGAAUAAUUGUCCGCUUAUUUCACGACAGCGUAUGUUAAUUGUUCUUCCUCGGACCAGUUUUGGAGAAUAAAGACACCGUUAGGAGAAUUAAAUGCCCGAUCCCAUAUCCAGCGUUGCUUCAGAGAGAACAUAGUACUUUCUACCUGCUACCUCUCUUAACCAUCCAUUAGCAGGGAAAAUAAUUUCCUUGGUCACUGCUAGCCAGCCAUUAAGCUGAAAAACCGCGCAGCUCAGCUUCGUCCCUGAAUGCCGCCUCGCAGCGUGUGCGGUGGGGAGCCUCGGGCUCCGCAGGCAUCUUCUUGGAGGGCGCCGGGCGCUGCCGCCGCCGCGCUGACCCGGGCGCCGGGGCGUUCCCAGGAGCGGCGCGCAGCGCGGCGCGGGGAAGGGAAGGGCAGGGCAGGGCGGCCGCCGCGUUGCACAGCGACCGAAGAGGGACCGGCGGGGCCCGGUUUCCUCCUGGAUGCAUCUGCUAGGAAACAAACUGAAUUUCUCCUUCCGUCUUACAUGGUUUAAAAAAAAAAAAAAAAUGGGGAAGCAGUUUUGCAGUUUUCUUUCUCUCUUUUGGCAUACUUGUGUAACUGCAAGGACCCUGGAGCUUUUUUCCUAAUUGAACUGGAUUGUUUUUUUAAAAGAAAUCUUAUAUUUUAAUGGAUAAAAUUUAUAUAUUUUAAAUACUAUAUUUCAACAGAUUGACACUUUCAUUCUGAGAAAUCUUAUAGCAAUGAUUCCAUUAUAUAUAUGUAUACAUAUAUAUAUAUAUAUAUAUAUAUAUGUACACACACACACAAAUAUAUAUAUAUAUAUAUAUAUAUCUCCUUAACACACAAACCCCUCCGGCGGGGGCUCGCGGGGACGCCUGGCCGUGCCGCCGCGGAGGGGGGAGCGCUGCGCUCGUUAGGCGCAGCGGCCUCGUUAGGUGCUGACCGAGGGCGGUGCAGUGCCCUCGGCCCGAGCCGACCUGCGCUCGUCCGCACCAGCGCUGAACGGGAGGGAAGCGGAGUAAUUAGAGCCUUGUAGUAAUUAGUAAUUAGAGCCUUGAUUGGACCCAGAAAGGUGGCGGGGAGAGAAACAGCAGCGGUUUGAGUUCGCCCUUGGCGGCAGCAGCGCUAAAGAAAAAGCUCAGGCUGGAAACCCACAGCUUUUUACCCCAAACAGCCGGGUAAAUUUUUUUGGUUUUUCCUAAGUUUUGAACUAAAGCUUGCACUCUCCACGGGCCUCUAGAGUUACUCUGCGGUUCAGAGGUCGCCUUCUGCCUGGCCCCUCGGCGGGGUUGGUCCCCGCAGCUGAGCCCGACUCCCCUGAGCAGGGUCCGUCUCCCUCGGCGGGCUCGUGCGGGCUCCCUCCGGGCUGGGGCUGCUGCGCGCUCGCUAAGCAACCGUACGGAAGGAAAACCAGCCUUAACGUGGGGUUUACGGGCUGAAUGUACCCUUUUUUCGCUCUCUCAGAGCAGUUUUUGCAGUCGAGCAUGCCAUGCCAGUGUGGUCUUAAAAUUUUUUUUUUUUUUGAAGAAAGAUGACUAAAUAUUUAAAUGUUUAGUUUUUUGCGUGUUAAUUAUUUCCUCUUUUUGACUGUGCGUCUCAGCAGAAGUGCAGGGGGCACUGCCUAAGCUGGAACUUGUCUCAAGCCAAAAAAAAAAAAGAAAAGAAAAAACGGAAAAGAGCUGCAGCGCGGCGCGCGCCGCUCGCCCUGUGCCGCUCCACGGACCGCGGCGCUGGCAGCGGCCCGCAAACGAGGCUGCGUCGCGAACGGUCUCCUGCAGCGGUGUUUAAGGAGGCCUG